AUGAUGUUAAACCGAGUUUUAUAUCUGCUUGCAUUAUUAAUCUCCGGAUAUUAUGCACAAGAUACUACAACAAUUUCAAUAGCUGACUGGAAUGGUGAUCCGCUGAUAUGUACAGUCAAUCCAUCAGCCCCGACUACUAGUGAUAAACCAUUCCCACAAUUUCCGAAACAAGCAGAAUUCACUUUAGAAGCAGUGACAAUAAGACAUGUAGACAAUGCAACAUUACCGAGUCAAUUAACUUUAUUUCAAUAUCUAUAUGAUUUUGAUGCAAAUAAAUUGAUUAUGAUUAGAAAUAAUAAUGGUUUUAUUGAUGUUGAAUACUCUUAUUAUGAAAAUUUGAAGAAAUCAGUUUAUAUUCGUAACGAAUUCUGUCUUGUUGUUGAGAUUGAAAAAGAUAAUCCCAUAGAUGGUACAUCAGCUAUUCGAUCAUCAAAUGGUACAUGGCAUAUUCGUCCAUUGAAUGAAUUUCUUCUUUUUUCAAGUAAUGAUCCACGACAAGAACAAAUUCGACCGAGAUAUUUAGGUGAAAGUGUAGUACGUGGAAUUCCAGUUGAUCAAUGGGAAACUUGUAUAAUCAAUAAAACUAGUCUUAGAACUAUCAAACGUACAUGGUCAUUUGCUAGAAGAGGUUUUGUAACGCCAGUUGGUCCUGUUGGUGAUUUUGCUCAUCCAAUUCAAGCUCUUAUAAAUGCUUCAAUUUUAUAUCCUAAUGGUUCACAAUUUCAAGAAUUUGAUGAAGUAUUUGAUGUUUAUGCAUACAGACCUGGCAUCGUAGAAUCUGCUGAGCAAUUAGUUCCACCAAAAGGUGUCUUUUGCAAUAGUGGCGUCGGUCAACAAUUAGUAUCUCUUCGAGAUGCUGGCAUUUCAUGGCCCGAACGUUUUACUGUUCGCGUUGAAGCAUCAUCAUCACGUAGUGCUGAUAUACAAAAAUUUCAUUUACGCUAUGAUCGUGGCCGCGAACGCAAUACAAAACGUAUUCGUUAUGAUUAUUUACCUAGAAAUGGCGGUGAUUAUGUAUCUGUUAUACAUGAUUAUGGUACAAAUUUAACAUAUAAUAUUGAUCGUCGUGUAGGUACAUGUAUAAUCAAACGUGGUGUUGACUUUCCUGAUGUUAGUCCAACUCGUGAUCCGGUUAGUUUUUUUAUUAAACAUGAAAAUGAAUUGAUUUCUUCACGCGACCGACUAUGGGAAUACAAUGGACUUCGGACAUGCCGAGGAAAUGGAAUAAAAUGCGCAACACUAACGACUGCAAUUAAUAACUUUCCUCCAAUAGUUGAAGUGGAUACUGGUAUGCCAACUGGUGAAACAUGGGAUUCAACUAAUGCUGAAUAUGCUUGGUCAGUACGUUCACCUUAUUCACGACCACCACCUGAUAUGCAAAAAAGUUUUGAUUAUCCAGUAUAUUUAUUCUUGAGAUUUGUUCAAUCCAGGGAUCCAAGUAGUCCACCAGCAUUCAAUUCACGUACAGAAGAUAUUGAAUAUGAAUUUUAUGAAAUGUCAUAUGAAACAGAAGCAUCCGAUUUUGAUACAAGUAUUUGCUAUCGUUCGCGUGACUUUGAAUAUUUACAUCUUGGUUUUACACUUAAAAUUGAUACGGCUAAUGCUAUUGAUGGAAAUCAUUUAGAUAGGCGUUUUCUUCAAAGAGAAGUUCAUGCGACCCUGGCUGAUAGAAUGGACAUAAAGUAUUCUCGUAUUUCCGAUCUUAAUGUUUUUCAUGAAUCUGCUUCUAAUGAAGUUACUGUUUUGUUUACUUUACUUGGUCCAACACCAGAACCUGAGUCACCAACCGGUGUUUCUAAUACAGAGACAACAGCUGCAAUAUCAAGAGAUACUCUUCAAAGUUCAAUAAAUGGUGGAAAAUUUCAAUUCUCCAUGAAACUGUCUAAUGACAUGACUACGGAUGUUGUAUUCACAGGUGUGAGCGGUUCAUUAAAAAGCUCAAAACAAAUUAUGUCAUCCCAUGCAGCUGGAAAAAAAAGUUAUAAUGAAUACUAUACAAGUGGUGCGCAAGCGGGUGCUGUUAUUGGUGGGAUAAUUGUUGGAUUGCUUAUCGGUGUUAUUUUAGCAGCUGUAUUUCGAAUAUGGCGUAAAGAACCUAUGCCAGAUAUAAAAGCGCUACCAACUUCAUUUUCAAAUCCUCUACGACCACGAGAUACGCCAAAUAAUCAAAAAAUAAGUUUUUAUAACAAAAAAUCGGCAGCUGAAGAAAAACCUACAACCGAUGCUUGA